GUAUUGUAAGGCCAUGAAGGACCUGUCAUUGGCCAUCAUGGAGAUCCUAGCAAUCAGCUUGGGAGUAGAUCGAUCGUUCUACCGAGAAUUCUUCGAGGACAGCAGCUCUAUAAUGAGAUGCAACUACUACCCUCCAUGCCAAGAGCCGGAGCUCGCACUCGGGACCGGACCGCAUUGCGACCCAACCUCGCUAACCGUUCUCAAACAAGACCAGGUGGGGGGGCUCGAGGUGUUCGUUGACGGUGGAUGGCAGUCUGUCCGCCCGAUACGUGACGCUCUCGUGAUCAAUAUUGGCGACACGUUCAUGGUAUGCGUGCUGCCUAUGUUUAUAAACAAGCUGAUACUAAUCGUAUCACUUUCUAAGCGAAGGGGGUUGGGAGUUGCUACGCGUGAAAUUGAUGUGUUGCAUCUGCAGGCCCUGUCAAACGGGCGGUACAAGAGCUGCCUGCACCGGGUGGCGGUGAACCGGCAGCAGGAGCGGCGAUCGCUGGCCUUCUUCCUGUGCCCGAGGGAGGACCGGGUGGUGCGGCCUCCACCAGGGGAUCUUGGCCGGCCGAGGUUGUACCCGGACUUCACAUGGGCUGACCUCAUGGCUUUCACCCAGCAUCACUACCGGGCCGACAUGCGGACCCUCCACGCAUUCACCCGUUGGCUUCCAGCCUCCAAGAAUCCAUCAACCUAACUUGCUCUUUUGGAUCCUUUUGAUCAUUGGUUCUACGCCCAUGGAGCUACAUGGCUUCACUCGCACUCACUGCCUCACUCCCUCACUGCAUUAUAUUUGGACAAAAACAAAAACAUCAUGUUGUUUCCUUGUGGAAAUCCGAGGGCUUGAGGUGUGGAUCUAGCGAGGAUAGUCAUGUGAUGCCCUGCCCCCCAAGGCCACUUUUUUUUG